AUCAAAAUGGCGGCCAUUGGUCGUGAUGUGAACAACUCGAACCGGCUUUCUGAGGCUUCACAGUUCUUUAACCGUGAAGAUAUGGAUACCUCAGGGGAAUAUCAAGCCGAGGACUCUACCACGGAGAAGGUUAUUGAUUUACUAAAUCAAGCCCAGCUAGAAAAAGAAGGAAAGCUCGGUUGCUUAAAACAAGUCCAAGAGUUCAUCAUAAACAAAGAUCCAUCAUUAUUAGACAAUUUUCUAGAUGAAAUUUUAGUGUUUCAGCAAGACAAGUCUGCAGAUGUUAGGAAGUUUGUAGUUGGGUUUAUCGAAGAGGCUUGUAAAAAAGAUGUUGAGCUAUUUGGAAAGGUUCUUGGGAAUCUUGCAUUAAUGUUGAAUGAUGAGAAUGUCGCUGUGCAGAAACGUGUUAUGCUGUGUAUCACUCAGCUGUACAAGUAUGCAUUACAGUAUGUGUGCAAGAAACGAGUCAUUACUGAAGAGCUGGAACAGAUGUGGGAGUUGUUGACUGACAUCAAAAAUCAGAUCAUUUCCAUGCUUGAGUCUGACAAUGAUGGAAUAAGAACCCAUGCAAUCAAGUUUAUGGAGAUGUUAGUCCUCGUGCAAUCCAACAAGACACAGGAUUCUGAGUCAACAAAGAAGGGAGAGGCAGACUUUUCUCUUGAUUCAAUACCAAGAAACCAUCCUCUAGUGAGAAUGCCAGAGCUGAGAGAAGAAGGGGGUACAACCCUAGAAGCUCUGUUGACGCUGAGUGCCUCGCCUACAAUCUCAAGUGUUAACUUGAUGGCAUCUCUCGGCACACUAUCCAACAUUGCCAGACAAAGACCUAUCUUCAUGUCAACUGUAGUGCAGACCUUUGAGUCUCUUCAUGCUAACCUUCCUACUUCUUUAUCCAAGUCACAAGUUAGUAGUGUUAGAAAAAAUUUAAAGCUUCAUCUAAUGAACCUGCUGAAACAUCCAAGUUCAGUUGAAUUUCUUCCUCAAAUAACAACGCUAUUGACAGACCUCGGAGCAUCACAGAAUGAGUUACAAAAGAACAUGCCAAAACCAACUCCAGAAUCUUUAAAAAGAAGAGCGGAAAAUGAAAAUGCUGCAGCCAACAAGAAGUCCAAGCUGCUGGAUAUGGAUGAUCCUGAUAUUAUCUCCAUGACAACGGCAGAGGCGAUUGACUUGACAGCACAAGACUUAAUACCUCUCUUAGACAAAGACAAUGUAACCAACCUUGUACUUAUCAGUAUGUUAUCUCUACCGGACAACCUGCCGACAAACUUUAGUGAUACCUACACACCUAUUGCCGCAGCUGGAGGACAGGCUCAAGUUGCUCAUUUAGCCCGGCUUUUGGCUUCGCAGAUGACAGGAGUAGGGGUUGGUGUUGGGUUUGAAAGAAUGGAAGCUCUUAAGAAGGCUCAAGACCCAAGAAUUAAAAAAGAAUCAAAUAAAUCCAUACCUGUGAUUGGCUCCGACUCUAACUGGGACGCAGAUGCUGAAAAUGAGAAUUCUGGAGACAAGAAAGACUCAGCUCUCCAAAGGAUAUUAAGUGGGCAAAUAGAUGUUCUUAAAGAUAAAGGGAAAACAGAAGGAAAGAAGAUCUUCCAACCAAAAGAAGCUGCUGUGCCUCAACUGCGAAUGCGCAAAAUAAAAGCUUUUAAACUGUCAGAGGUUACCAAGGAUAUGAGUUUAGAGGAACAGCACAAAAUGCUUAUGGCUGCUGUCGACAGAAUAAUCAAGGCUGAAAACAGUGCAGUUAGAAGUGGUGUACAACAAGUUAUUUACACGUGUGGUCUUGGAGGCUCCCAUCAUCACAGAACAAGUCAUGCUUAUGGUCAAGAUACAUUGUGAAAAUCCAGAAACUCUACAAGUGGGGUUUGCUACCUUACGAGACUUGAUACUCAAGCGUCCAGCUACACAACAUCAACACCUACAGACAUUACUAGAAUUAACCACACAUGAGAAAGAACAGGUCCGUGUGCAGGCUAUACACUCUGCUAAGAAACUACACACAAGACCUGAGUUUGCAUUGGACAUUGAGACUUAUGCCAUGUCCUCACUAGAACUGUUACUAAAUGAGAAAGCACCUGUAGAGGAAGGUCUAGAACCAAAAGAAUGGACCGACGAGAGCAUCAAGAUUUGUUUGUAUUUAUACUUGGCUCUGUUACCCCAGAAUCAUCAGCUCUUCCAUCAGCUUGCUGUUAUCUACACCGCAUCUUCUCAGAUGAUAAAGAGAGUUAUAAUACGACAUCUAGAAACCCCUAUACGUGCUAUCGGCAUGGCGUCUCCCGAUUUACUACAUUUAGUGGAAAACUGCCCCACAGGAUCAGAAACACUCAUCGCUCGUAUCCUCAACAUCAUCACAGACAAAGUCACGCCCUCGCCUGAUUUAGUCAAGAAGGUCAAAGAUCUCUACCACAGGCGUGUAUCUGACGUUCGUUUCCUGAUCCCUGUGUUAACGGGACUCGAAAAGCAAGAGAUCAUCGCUGUGCUCCCUAAACUCAUCAAACAGUCACCCAAUGUCGUCAAAGAAGUGUUUAAUAGGCUCCUGGGGUGUUUUCACAGUGAAGGCAAGGUAUCAGGUACCAGUCCCUUGAGUCCAUCAGAGUUACUUGUAGCUCUUCACAUGAUAGAACCUUCAAAGAAAGCAAAUGCAAACGAGUCUAAAGGAGACAUACGAUCUGUUAUGAAAGCUAUCAGAUACUGUUUCGAUGAAAAGACCAUCUACACACAAGAAGUGCUGGCUAUCGUGCUGCAGCAGUUAAUGGAAGUCAAUCCUCUACCAACGUUAUUCAUGAGAACCGUAAUCCAGUCACUGAGUAUUUGCCCAAGAUUGAUCGGAUUCGUCAUGAAUCUCUUAUCAAAACUCAUUACAAAACAGGUCUGGAAGCAGCCUAAAGUAUGGCAAGGGUUUGUCAAGUGUUGCCAGAUGACAAAGCCUCAGUCUUUCUCUAUUUUACUCCAACUUCCUCCACGUCAACUGGAGAGCGCUUUCGAGAUAUGUCCUGAGUUGCGUGACAAUUUGGUAACACAUGUACAAUCAUUCACUCCACAUCAGAGAGCACACAUACCAAGAUCAGUGCUCCAGAUCCUCGACAAGGAAAAGAAAAUCGAACCUGAACAAAUAGAUAAAGAACAAGUGGAUCCCAAGCAAGAUAACAUUGAGAUCAAAGACGAAUUAUCCACCAAAAAAUUACAAUCACAAUCGAGUGAAGACCGGAAGGAUCGACGGAAAUCUCGACGGUCUCAUUCGGGAUCGCCGCCACCGAAAAAGGAGCGAAAGGAUCGCGGCGAGGCGAGCGAUAGUGAAGGGGAAAUAGAUGACUCUGAGACAGAAACAGUACAUGUUAAACAAGAACCUGUUUAACCGACCGACUCGAGGGCAGCAUAACCUGUGUGAUCGACCAAUUCAAAUCAAACGUGAACCUGUUUGACCGAUCGCUAAAGUGGAAAAUCAACUUGUUCAACCGACUUAAGUCCAACAUGAACCUGUUUGACCGACCACCUUAAGUAAAGCAAGAACCCGUUUGACCGACCACCUAAAGUCAUGCAAGAACCUGUUUGACCGACCACCUAAAGUCAAAGGACAACUUGUUUGACCGACCAUCUGCAGUCGAAUAACAAAGUUUGACCGACUUACGGAUUGACUCCAGUCUGUUUGAGCGACCACAAAAAAACGCUUUUGAUAACACUAGCAAGUUUUGAAAUCUUUGAACCCAUUGUAAAUAAAAUCUGAAAAGCUGAAAGACGACCAGUAAAAAACAUUUCGUAUUCUUUAAAUUCGUGUGCAUUUGUGAGCAGACGAAGGCCUGUCUUGGCUUAGCCUGCUGUGCAGACACUAAAAACGUCUGCACAGCAGGCUAGUCUUGGCUUGAUCUGUUGUCUGUUCAUUUAUCUAUUGGACCCUAGUGGUAAACAAGAGCAAGGGUUUAAUGAUCGUGAUGACUGUGUUAUCUCGUGUGAUUUUCAUGAUGAUUGUGAUGGCGUUUGCGUAGGAUUGGCAUUUCUUGACGACUUCUUUAACUGAAAUUAAUUCACGAAUAAUUAGUUUAAGAUGAGCUAAGCAGGAUUAUUGACGUCAUUUGUACCUCUUUAAUAUUUGUUUAACUGAGUAUUGAUCGGCUUACUGUGUCUGCAGGUCAUCCAGAUCGUCAGACCAUCUUGUCAGCUACGAACUCCUUCAUUUAUUAUAAAUUUAUUUAAUUUUC